AUGCGUUUCUAUCUCGUUUGCCUUCUAUCGUUUGCUCGCUCAACAGUCCUUGCAUAUCAUCCCGAAGAAUGCCCAUCCAAUUCGACACGCCACAUUCAGUACCCGACAUGCCUUGGGCUACCGGACGUCUAUCUCGUCAAAGCAAGCGAAGGGAAGGGUCUGGGUGUUUUCGCUGCUCAUGACAUAGACAUAGGCGAUAUCGUCAUGCGCGAGACGCCUGUCCUCAAGAUUCGUUUGCCAAAGCUGGCGAAAGGGAGCCCAUACCCCAUGGCAGCUGUCGCUAUGCUACUCCAAGAGCAAUUUGGCACCCUAUCGCUAGAGUCACAAGAGGAGGUCCUCUCUUUAGCACAUGAAGCGAAUGCUGUAGACAGCAAACCUCAAGAUACUCUAGGCACCAUCUUUCGCAACAAUGCCUACAAUACCGGCGAUCAGGUUGGCCUCUUCCCUAAGAUCGCUCGAAUCAACCACUCGUGCCGACCAAACACGAGCUACUACUGGAGCGAAAAGCUGAACAAGCGCAUCGUCUACGCCACACGCAAAAUCAAGGCAGGGGAAGAAUUCUUCGUGUCUUACAUCUCACUGCUGCUCAGUCGGGAGGAUCGCCAAAAGCAGCUCGAUCGAUAUGGCUUCCGGUGCCACUGUGAAGCAUGUGCACACGAGCGAGCCGCUCAGAUAGCUAGCGACAAUCGCCGCAUCACCAUCAAAAACGCCUUCUCCAAGUUCGAACCGCAAAUGGUGCUGACGGCGCCACAGUCCAAGGCCGGGAAGCGUCAGGCGCAAAAGGACGCUGAGGUGAGCGUUCAACUUGCCGGACUAGUAGAGGAGGAAGGACUUGCCGACUACUAUGCCAAAGCCUACAGAAUUGCCGCUAUAAGCCAUGCCAGAGUGGAAGAUUGGGCGACCGCUGCGAGAUGGGCGAACCGAGCCUACGAAAUACGUUACAUGGAGGAUCCGGACUCGAAGAGCACAUUGGAGUUGCACCACCUCACCAGCAGUUUCAUCUCAAAUUGGGAGACAGAGCUGCGAAGUCGUGAUUCAACAUGA